AAGCAACAUGGCUGUGGAUGGGUGUUCGGGGUGGUGCUGGCGGCGGGAGGAGCUCCCCCGAGCCCCUGCGCCUGCCGCCCGCUGCUAGCUAUGGCAAAUGGUGGCGACGGCGGCGGUGGCGACAGUAGUAGCAGCGGCGGCGACGGCAGCGGAGGCAGCGGUUUUAGAAUGAGCAGCAAUAUCCACGCGAACCAUCUCAGCCUAGACGCGUCCUCCUCCUCUUCCUCCUCCUCCUCUUCCUCCUCGUCCUCGGUCCACGAGCCCAAGAUGGAUGCGCUCAUCAUCCCGGUGACCAUGGAGGUGCCGUGCGACAGCCGGGGCCAACGCAUGUGGUGGGCUUUCCUGGCCUCCUCCAUGGUGACUUUCUUCGGGGGCCUCUUCAUCAUCUUGCUCUGGCGGACUCUCAAGUACCUGUGGACCGUUUGCUGUCACUGCGGGGGCAAGACUAAGGAGGCCCAGAAGAUUAACAAUGGCUCAAGCCAGGCAGAUGGCACUCUCAAGCCAGUGGAUGAGAAGGAGGAGGCGGUGGCAGCCGAGGUCGGCUGGAUGACCUCCGUGAAGGACUGGGCAGGUGUGAUGAUAUCUGCCCAGACGCUGACCGGCAGAGUCCUGGUUGUCUUAGUCUUUGCUCUCAGCAUUGGUGCACUUGUAAUAUACUUCAUAGAUUCGUCAAACCCAAUAGAAUCCUGCCAGAAUUUCUACAAAGAUUUCACAUUACAGAUCGACAUGGCUUUCAACGUGUUCUUCCUCCUGUACUUCGGCCUGCGGUUUAUUGCAGCCAAUGAUAAAUUGUGGUUCUGGUUGGAAGUGAACUCUGUAGUAGAUUUCUUCACGGUCCCUCCUGUGUUUGUGUCUGUGUACUUAAACAGAAGUUGGCUUGGUUUGAGAUUUUUAAGAGCCCUCAGGCUGAUACAGUUUUCAGAAAUUUUGCAGUUUCUGAAUAUCCUUAAAACAAGUAAUUCCAUCAAACUGGUGAAUCUACUCUCCAUAUUUAUCAGCACGUGGCUGACUGCAGCCGGCUUCAUUCAUUUGGUGGAGAAUUCAGGGGACCCAUGGGAAAAUUUCCAGAACAACCAGGCCCUCACGUACUGGGAAUGUGUCUACUUACUCAUGGUCACCAUGUCCACUGUUGGUUAUGGGGAUGUUUAUGCAAAAACCACCCUGGGGCGCCUCUUCAUGGUCUUCUUCAUCCUCGGCGGACUGGCCAUGUUUGCCAGCUACGUCCCUGAAAUCAUAGAGUUAAUAGGAAACCGCAAGAAAUACGGGGGCUCCUAUAGUGCGGUUAGUGGAAGAAAGCACAUUGUGGUCUGUGGGCACAUCACCCUGGAGAGUGUUUCCAACUUCCUGAAGGACUUUCUGCACAAGGACCGGGAUGACGUCAAUGUGGAGAUCGUCUUUCUUCACAACAUUUCCCCUAACCUGGAGCUUGAAGCUUUGUUCAAACGACAUUUUACUCAGGUGGAGUUUUAUCAGGGUUCAGUCCUCAAUCCACAUGAUCUUGCACGAGUCAAGAUAGAGUCAGCAGAUGCGUGCCUAAUUCUCGCCAACAAGUACUGCGCUGACCCGGAUGCUGAAGAUGCCUCCAACAUCAUGAGAGUAAUCUCCAUAAAGAACUAUCACCCGAAGAUCAGGAUCAUCACUCAGAUGCUGCAGUAUCACAACAAGGCCCAUCUGCUAAACAUCCCGAGCUGGAACUGGAAAGAGGGUGAUGAUGCAAUCUGCCUUGCGGAGCUGAAGUUGGGUUUCAUAGCCCAGAGCUGCCUGGCUCAAGGCCUCUCCACGAUGCUCGCCAACCUCUUCUCCAUGAGGUCAUUCAUAAAGAUUGAGGAAGACACAUGGCAGAAAUACUACCUGGAAGGAGUCUCCAAUGAAAUGUACACAGAAUAUCUCUCCAGUGCCUUCGUGGGUCUGUCCUUCCCUACUGUUUGUGAGCUGUGUUUUGUGAAGCUCAAGCUCCUAAUGAUAGCCAUUGAGUACAAGUCCGCCAACCGAGAGAGCCGAAGCCGAAAGCGUAUAUUAAUUAAUCCUGGAAACCAUCUUAAGAUCCAAGAAGGUACUUUAGGAUUUUUCAUCGCAAGUGAUGCCAAAGAAGUUAAAAGGGCAUUUUUUUACUGCAAGGCCUGUCAUGAUGACAUCACAGAUCCCAAAAGAAUUAAAAAAUGCGGCUGCAAACGGCCCAAGAUGUCCAUCUACAAGAGAAUGAGACGGGCAUGUUGUUUUGAUUGCGGACGUUCUGAGCGUGACUGCUCGUGCAUGUCAGGCCGUGUGCGUGGUAACGUGGACACCCUUGAGAGAGCCUUCCCACUUUCUUCUGUCUCUGUUAAUGAUUGCUCCACCAGUUUCCCUGCCUUUGAAGAUGAGCAGCCGUCAACGCUAUCACCAAAAAAAAAGCAACGCAACGGGGGUAUGAGGAACUCGCCCAACUCCUCGCCGAAGCUGAUGAGGCACGACCCCUUGUUAAUUCCCGGGAAUGAUCAGAUUGACAACAUGGACUCCAAUGUGAAGAAGUACGACUCCACCGGGAUGUUUCAUUGGUGUGCUCCCAAGGAGAUGGAGAAAGUCAUCCUGACUCGAAGUGAGGCCGCCAUGACCGUCUUGAGCGGUCACGUAGUGGUCUGCAUCUUUGGUGACGUCAGCUCAGCCCUGAUUGGUCUCCGGAACCUGGUGAUGCCACUCCGUGCUAGCAACUUCCAUUACCACGAGCUCAAGCACAUUGUGUUCGUGGGCUCCAUUGAGUACCUCAAGCGAGAAUGGGAAACACUCCAUAACUUCCCUAAAGUGUCCAUACUGCCUGGUACGCCAUUAAGUCGGGCUGAUUUAAGGGCUGUCAACAUCAACCUCUGUGACAUGUGCGUUAUCCUGUCAGCCAAUCAGAAUAAUAUUGAUGAUACUUCGCUGCAGGACAAGGAAUGCAUCUUGGCGUCACUCAACAUCAAAUCUAUGCAGUUUGAUGACAGCAUCGGGGUCUUGCAGGCUAAUUCCCAAGGAUUCACACCUCCAGGAAUGGAUAGAUCCUCUCCAGAUAACAGCCCAGUACAUGGGAUGUUACGCCAGCCAUCCAUCACGACGGGGGUGAACAUCCCCAUCAUCACUGAACUAGCUAAACCGGGCAAGUUGCCUUUGGUAUCUGUCAAUCAGGAAAAAAACAGUGGGACGCACAUUCUAAUGAUAACUGAACUGGUGAAUGAUACUAAUGUUCAGUUUUUGGACCAAGACGAUGAUGAUGACCCCGACACAGAACUGUACCUCACACAGCCCUUUGCAUGCGGAACAGCAUUUGCUGUCAGCGUCUUGGACUCGCUCAUGAGUGCGACGUACUUUAAUGACAAUAUCCUCACCCUGAUACGGACCUUGGUAACUGGAGGAGCCACCCCGGAGCUCGAGGCUCUGAUUGCUGAGGAGAAUGCGCUUCGAGGGGGCUACAGCACCCCCCAGACCCUGGCCAACAGGGACCGCUGCCGCGUGGCCCAGCUAGCUCUGCUGGACGGGCCCUUUGCAGACUUGGGGGAUGGUGGUUGUUAUGGUGAUCUAUUCUGCAAAGCUCUAAAAACAUAUAAUAUGCUUUGUUUUGGAAUUUAUCGGCUAAGAGAUGCCCACCUCAGCACCCCCAGCCAAUGCACGAAGAGGUAUGUCAUCACCAACCCCCCCUACGAGUUCGAGCUCGUGCCGACGGACCUGAUCUUCUGCUUAAUGCAGUUUGACCACAACGCCGGCCAGUCCCGGGCCAGCCUGUCUCAUUCCUCCCACUCGUCACAGUCGUCCAGCAAGAAGAGCUCUUCUGUUCACUCCAUCCCGUCCACGGCGAAUCGGCAGAACCGGCCCAAGUCCAGGGAGUCCCGGGACAAACAGAAUGCAACAAGGAUGAAUAGAAUGGGCCAAGCAGAAAAGAAAUGGUUUACAGAUGAACCGGAUAAUGCCUAUCCCAGAAACAUUCAAAUCAAGCCCAUGAGUACCCACAUGGCUAACCAGAUCAACCAAUAUAAAUCCACAAGCAGCUUGAUUCCUCCAAUCAGAGAAGUUGAAGAUGAAUGUUGACUCCCAGGAGACCAGAACUAUUUUUUUAAAGCCUGACAAACUUCAUAAAUGGUGACGUGACUUUUCUUCCUCUUACAUGCUGAAUCACUGGUGGAGACAUUAGGAUAAGCAAGAAUUGCAAGAAAAUAACGUAGACAGGUCUUUCUCUUUGUCUGCCUUGAAUAUUGCUUCCAUGUAUUUUGGAAAAGAAAAUGAUUUCAUUUAUAAAUGAGCAUACUAAAAUAGUCAUGUAUAGCCUCUAGCAUUUUAAAUUAUUUUGUUUAUUAGAAAAGAAAAUAUAUUUUUUCUUUUUUUUUUCAUUGUCAAAUAUCUUCCCUAUAUCUAAACAAUGCAAAAUCAAAAUGAAGAAGUGGCCAGACUCCUUAAUGCUUAUUUCUCUUCUUUCUCUCUUUUCCUUUGAGGAGAAUGAUGGUCACCACCACCAUUAAUUGUCAUUAUGGGAAAUGCAUUAUAAAAGCAAUUUUACAAUGGUUGACAAUGUAUACAUGUGUUUUAGUAAGUCCAGAUGAGACAAAAGAGGGCAGGUGAACACCGGCUCCUCUCUUGGAAGGGUGUGUGCUUUGAUCUGCAUUGACACCAGCUCUUAAUAAAUGGAAACUUACUUAUUUUCACAGUUGAAAGUCCAAUUUUCGUAGUUUUGGUUUAAUUGCUGUAUUCCUCAUCCCUUUUCAACAUAUUGAAAGGGAAGACCUUCGUGCACCUUUUUUAUGAUGGCCAAUCAGGUUUAGGCAUCCAGCUAGCAGUACCAGAAAGGCUAUGAGCAUCCCUGGGAUGUGGGAGUUGAGAACCAGGGCACACAAGACAUAUUGUUGUUCUAACGGGGGGGGACUCCUAUGUGGUGUUAUGCUUCUCAUUUCACAGUUCCAAAACAACCAAGCGAUUAAUUUCUACUUUGGGAGCAUCUGGUGAACUUUCUCCCCCGACCACUAGUCUCAGAGCUUUUAGACUAAAAGUUUAAAGACACCAAUGAGUAGUUUUCCUUAGCAAUGGGAUCUGAGAUGAACUCAUUUAUCUCCCUAAAGUUUUGUUUAAAAUCCAGAAAAUUUCCAUGAUCAAGGAAGUGACUUGGCGCAGAUUUUCAUUUGCUCACUUUCCUGGAUUUAAUAAUUACUGGGACAAAACAAUACACAAGCUCGCUAAAGCAAUUUAAAACAAUAAUAAUAAUAACAAAAAGGAAAGCAACAAAUGCACUACAACAUAGACUGUUAGUAAAAGGCCUUUGAAAAUUACCAGCAAUGAAACAAAGCAUACGAGCCACUUCAAACUGUGGUCAAAAGAGUUUUCCAGCCAUCAAACACCAUCACCACUUCUCAGCUCUGCUUUCGCUUGCAUGUUGUUCGUGCAGCCACCUCAACAACUGUUCUGUUCCAAAGAGUAGCAAGUCUUUCAGUGUCAAAAUGAUCCAUUUUUCAUACGACCAUCAGGGUCUCUGGAGAAGCAUGGAUGUAAUAGUGAUUUUUAUUUUCUUAAAAACAUAAACUGUGGAUACUUAUCCGAACUAAACCAAAUGUCCCUCAAAGUCCCAUGAUAUUUAUUCCAUGAACUCUUUAGGCCAUGACCCUGUGGUUCCUAGUUACAGUAGUGCAAAUCAGAUCAGAGCAGACCAAUGAGGUCACUAUGAAAACACAUGUCCACUAAGUACUCCAAUUACUGACUUAGGCAAAAUGACCUUCCUCCUCUGUCCAUUCCCUGCAGAGCCAAAGUAGUCAUGCUUCCACCUUGUAGGCAUUGUCCUGCAGUGAUGUGUCGGACUGUGGUCACUCUAUUGUCACAUUUUGUAGAAUUAGUUCUAUAAAAGUAUUGUGAAUAUAAUAUAUGUCCAAUUGGAUAGUUAAAAAAAACUACUUAUAAUCGAUCACUAGUCUACUCAGCGGACUAAAAUGACGUCAACAGUCUAUAUUCAGGCUGAUAAACAUUUCUUGGUUUCCAACAGAAGUCAAACGUGUUGGUGGGGAAAAAUCUCCUGCUAAGGUAUUGGCAGCUUUCAAGAAAGCUAAGCCUUUUUUUUAACAUAAUGAUUUUGCAUUGGGGUCACCAUAAUACAUUCACAUCGAUCCACGCUCUUCUUUCCUUCAUGAACUGUAGUGGGCCCUUCUCCACUCUUCUUCCUAAUAACCACUUCUGAACCUGUCAUAGACCUUUUGUUGCCCUUGGGCAAUGUCAAACCCCUAAAGAAUCUUCCAUUAAGGAAUAUAGGGUGGCCCCUUUCCUCUUCUCCCUUGUCCUUCCAUACCAAAGCAGUCUGAGAGUAGAAAUGUAGACCCCAUCCCCAUUUCAAUUCUGCAUAUGACUAAAAAUUUGAACUACACUUAAAAAAAAAUCAUAAUGGGUGAGAUAGUAUCUGCCAAAAAGGCCUCCUUGGUUCAUCAAGUAUCCUCCAAACCCAAGUUGAUGAUGAUGAUGGAUGAUGAUGAUGAUGAUGAUGAUGAUGAU